AUGGCAAACAAAGAAGAACUCAAGCCGCUCCACGACGCCCUCUUCUCGGAAGGACUCCAAGUCCGCCGCGCCGUCGUCGGCGACGAAUACGUCGAUCGAGCCUUAAAGAACGGAUCCAGCGAGUUCGCACUCCCGGGCCAGGAACUGGUGACUGAGUGGUGCUGGGGCCAUAUUUGGACGAGGCCGGGGCUGGAGAGGAAGCAGAGGAGUCUUCUCAAUAUCGGUAUGCUGAUUGCGUUGAAGUCGUGGCCGGAGCUGGCGGUUCAUACAAGAGGCGCGAUUAAUAACGGAUUGACUGAGAAGGAGAUUAGUGAGGCGGUGCUGCAGGCGACGAUCUACUGUGGUGUGCCGGCUGGGGUUGAGGCGAUGAAGAUCACGGAGAAGACUAUCUUGGAGAUGAUUGAGAAGGGGGAGUAUAAACGGUCGUGA